AUGGGUGUGCCCAAGUUUUACAGAUGGAUUUCGGAACGAUAUCCUUGUUUGAGUGAAGUUAUUAGCGACACUGAGAUUCCGGAGUUUGAUAAUCUUUAUCUGGAUAUGAACGGAAUCAUCCACAAUUGUUCUCACCCAAACGAUGACGACGUGCACUUCAGGAUAUCACAAGAGCAAAUAUUCACCGAUAUUUUUGCAUACAUUGAUAAGUUGUUCAAUAUUAUACGUCCGAAGAAAGUAUUCUUCUUGGCGGUUGAUGGUGUUGCUCCAAGAGCUAAAAUGAAUCAACAACGUGCCAGGAGAUUUAUGUCCGCACGUACAGCUGAAGAGCAGAUUCAAGCUCAUUUGCGUAAAGGUGAAGAGUUGCCGGAAGAAAAGAGAUUCGAUUCCAACUGUAUUACUCCAGGCACUCUCUUUAUGGCAGAGCUACAUAGAGAUCUUUCGAAAUGGUUGGGAACUAAAGUGGAGAAAGACCCCGCUUGGCAUGGCAUACGAGUGUAUUUGUCAGGUCAUGAUUGUCCCGGAGAAGGUGAGCACAAGAUAAUGGAUUUUAUCCGCCACGAAAGGACUUUGGAUGGCUAUGAUCCAAACACUCGUCAUUGUAUGUACGGACUAGAUGCAGACUUGCUGAUGCUUGGAAUGUGUUCACAUGAGCCUCACUUUUCUCUCUUACGCGAAGAAGUAAAAUUUAACCGACCACUUCCGAAGAAAAGCGGAGCAGCGCCUCAAAGGACGAACCCUUCGCAGAUUAACUUCCAUCUUCUUCAUCUUUCUCUUCUAAGGGAAUAUCUUUCUUGGGAGUUCCAUCCUCUCAAGGCCUCACUACCUUUUCCUUAUGACGUCGAACGCGUUAUCGAUGACUGGGUUUUAAUGGGGUUCCUUGUUGGAAAUGAUUUCAUUCCUCACUUACCACAUGUUCAUAUUCAUGAUGAUGCACUUCCGCUACUCUAUCAAACCUACAUUCAGGUUCUGCCGACCCUGGAAGGUUAUAUCAAUGAGUCAGGCAUCCUUAACUUACAACGCUUUGAAGUUUUCCUGAAAGCAUUUGCUGCUAACGAUCGGCGACAUUUUUUGCAAACCCUGGAAGACGAAAGUUUUCUUCGUAGUAAGACUGGACGAGACCCGCACGGACUCUUCAACAAAACACAAGAUCUCCAAGAAUUGCAACUGUCGCCAGCUGAGUCCAGUGAUGAUGCUAUAGAUGUUGCCGACAUUUCUUCUGAUGAUGAAGCUGCCUUUAUCAGUAGUGAUGAGGAGGAGAGAAACAGCGAUGAUUUGGAUGAGGAGUUACCCGAUGGAGGUCUCGAAUCAGCUGCUGAGCUGUUGUCUCGUCUAAAUGCCGAUCCUGACGUUGAUGAAGGAGAAAGCGAACUGUGUGAUGCUCUUAUGGCUGCUGAACUGAAGGAAAUGGAUGACAAAGAAUUUGAGAACAAUGUUGAGAGCUGUUGGACAAAGACGGUCAGCAAUUCUUUCCGACGACAUAAACGUCUGUAUUAUCGUGAAAAAAUGGAGUACGCAAACAUUACCAAAUCUGAGCUUCGCGAACAAGCAGAAGGGUACGUGAGAGCGAUACAGUGGAAUUUGCAUUAUUACUACAAGGGAUGUGUGUCAUGGAAUUGGUUUUAUCCUCAUCACUAUUCUCCGUAUAUUUCGGAUGUGGUAGACUUUUCAAAUAUGGAUAUGAGUUUCGAUCUAGGUGAGCCCUUCAAGCCAUUCGAACAGCUGUUAGCUGUGCUUCCUUCUGCCAGUGCUGAUUGCCUUCCAUCGCCGUUCAGGGAUCUUAUGUGUAGUAAAGAGUCUCCCAUUGCUGAUUUCUAUCCGACCGACUUUCGUACUGAUUUAAACGGGAAGAAAAACGACUGGGAAGCUGUAGUACUAAUUCCCUUUAUUGACGAAGCGAGACUUCUUUCUGCAGUGCAGAGUAAGGUAGCGCUACUAACACCAGAGGAGAAUGCACGAAAUUCCAUUGGGAAGAUUCUUCUUUUUAGCUUCAAAGAUAAAGCCGCUGAAAUGAAAACCGCGUUGCCAGUAGACACAUUCCAUUUGGAUCCACAGCAGGUUAUAUGGGGACUGCUCCCAAACGUAAAACUUGACGUCUUUUUCCCAGGGUUUCCCACCAUGAAGCACUUACCUCAUUCCGCAGAGCUCAAACAGGUUAAUGUCAAAGUGUUCCAACAAGAGUCUAAACGACCUUCAAUGGUCCUGACCAUCGUUAAACGAAAGGAGUUAGAAAAGGAGGUGCUGGAUCUAGCAGGAGAUUUGAUCGGCAAGGAAGUCUGCAUCGAUUGGCCAAUUUUAAAGUUGGGAUUGGUGGACUCGCUUUGGGCCGCAGGUAAUAAGUACACACGUCAAAAAACCGGCGAAGUGACUGCAAUUGCUUUGGAUGGCGAUGAACAAGAGGUUAUGAAAUCUGCAUUGUAUGCACAGAAGGAGAGAAUGUUAUCCCGAUUUGCUAUUGAUGUGAAGAACGCUGAUGCGAUCGUAUUUGCGCGUCGAUUCGUUGGAGUGACUUAUUCCUUUGAAAAUGGGUUCCUCCAUCCACAGAAGCAGUGGGCUGGAUCUCAUACCACCGUUCCUGUUCUCUUGCCUAUGGUUGUAACGAACGUUAACAUUGAAAGUGGAACGAGCCUCCGAAAUAUUCCAAUUUCUGAAGCAUAUCCGAAACAUUCGAAGGUCUUCGCCAUGUUACCUUCAUGGGAAGGAUUUGGGUAUCCAGCUCUCGUGGACACCGUGGAUCCAAAAGGUAGAGUGCUACUGACGGUGUCCAUCUGGCCUUCAGUGGAUCUUUCUGCUUUGCGAAGCAGUUAUGAAGCCUUGAGCUUGCAGUGGAUGAACAGCUACGAUGCCGGUCGUAGAAUUGGAGUUGACGGACGUCUAUUAUCACGUAUAACUGGUACAGUAUUUCUUACUAUUGAACGGAAAGCAGAGGAGGAUGGGACUUCAGCGUUGCAAGAAAAAAUUAACAUUGGACUGGCAUUGAAGUUAUCCAAAAGAAAUCAGGAGGUUCCCGACUACACUCGGCGCCUUGAAAACGGAUAUUGGCAGUACUCCACACUUUGUGUACAGCUUCUGAAUAGCUACAGAAACAAAUUCCGCGAUCUAUUUGCUUUUUUGGAAAAAUCACACACCGUUGAUGAUGCAUACUCAGCCAGUGACGUGUGGGCAAAUGAGGAGAAGCGCAAACAGCGUGUAAGUGAUCUAAAAGAAUAUCUUGCUAAUGUUCCUACUAAUGGCGUGGAGAAACAAGAAGGUGGAAAACAGUACGCUGAUCGUCUCAUCAUUGGACAAAUUGAAAAUGCUAUAAACGAAGUCCCAAAGAAACGAUGGGGAUUCCGAAAAUGUGCCAUCAAUCCAGGCGUUCUUUACAGAGCAGAACUCUAUGACGGCAAAUGUUGUGCUGAUCCAGACGCCGAUUUUCAAUUGUUGGAUCGUGUCGUGUACACUAUACAGGGGAGACCUGUUCCUUUUGGCUCACAGGGGACCGUGGUAGGAGUUCUACCAGGCAAAGUGGAUGUAUUAUUUGAUCACGAAUUCAACAACGGUUACAAGAUAAGAGGAACAAUGAACAGUGGUGCUUGUUUACCUAAAACAUCACUCAUAAAUAUCACUUAUGGAAAAGAGAGAAAAGGUCGUCAUGCUGCCGGACUCGAACAGAGGACUGCGAAAUCACUCACGACUGGGAAAGAGACAGUCUCUUCAAAACUGAAGAAGGGCACGCCAGAAACGUUUACAUCUACUUUCGAAGAUGCUCCGUUUUCUUUACUGCCAAGAAAGCCUCAGAAGGAGGAAGCUGUGAAAGUAAGAUCUGCUCAGCCUGCUGAUAUCGCGAUCGCAUCGUCCACCAUUACAACACAUCUUUCUUCUGGACAAACUGUUUCUUCUUCUUUUGGAACUUUACUUCAACUUCCCACUGUGAACACAACUACAGGAGACGGCUCUUGUAUGCCUCUACCGCUCAAUACAGCGCCUAUAUCGAAGGAGCAGAUGGAAGAUGAACUGAAUCGUAUGCUCGGCCUCAAAACAGGAAAAGGAAAAACGCCGAUACCGCCAGUGCUGAGUAGUCUUACUCCUGCUUUGUCGAGUAGUUAUUGCAAUAAUAAACCUGAAACCAGUUCCCCUCCGAAUGCUUUGAAAAAGUUAUUUCCAACAACUCGAAAUCAAAAGGAAAACCCGGAGGUUGUAAAAAAACUGUUUCCUGAAGCAAAGGAGGAUCUUGUAAUGAAAAAAAAUGAAGCUGUAGUUUGCAGUCCCAAUGUACAGCGUGGAGGAGCACCGGCAAACAGGGGAAUUUUCCAGAGAAGACCUCCUCUAAUGCAGAAUCGUCACUAUGUAUCGAAUCCUAUGUUUCAUCCUACCCGACCGCAGCCAUCGAGAUACUCCUUCUUUGGAUCCAGCAGCCAACACAACAGCCCUAAGCUUACGGACUUGAAGCCAUCAUCGGUCAUACUUCCAUGCAGACAACCAGGUCGCAGAAGAUGCGGGAAACAUCCGAAUAAUCUUGUAAAUUCGUCGCUGCAGUCACGAGAGCCAGAUAUGACUCCAGUGAGUAGUGUCUCUUCCACAUCAGCACGAGCUGCCACCAAUACAGUUAAUAAAGAACGUCGUGCGCGUAAAUCCAGACUAGCCCCAAAGUUCGCAGAGACUAAUAGACCCGAGUGA